AUGAUUGGAGAUGGGUCUGCAAUGUCGUACUUCACACUUGAAGCCGGACGCACUUCACAACUGUCUGCUGUCAUUUCUACAAAGAACAGUCUCUUAACUGACAAUGUUGAAAAAUACUCGAUUAGGAUUGUUGCCAGCGACAAUGGUUUCCCUGCUCGCAGUGCUACAGCUAUUGUGAUUGUGAACAUGCAGCGAAACUUCUUUGGCCCCGUCUGGCAGGCACCGAGCUACUCUACGAAUGUUUUGGAGACUCAGGCUCUGGGAGUGGCCAUUGUGUCAGUGAAGGCGACUGACGGCGACACUCAGUCUCCUAACAACAUUGUUUUCUAUCAGCUGAUCGGAGACGUUGCAGCUCUCAACUACUUUCAUAUCAACGAAGUGACGGGUCAGAUCAGCGUUGGAACAUCGCUGACGGCAGAUGAGAGUGAUCCAGUACAGUAUAAACUGACUGUCCGUGCUCUUGACCGCGGUUCCCCACCUCUAACAUCCACUGCCGAUGUGCGUGUGUUUGUUAACGUCGUACGAAACCAGAAUCCACCGCAGUUCAUCAACGAACCUUACAGUCAGUCCGUACGCCAGGAUCUCUCGACGAGUGCCAGUAUUCUCAAGGUCAAGGCUGUCGACCCCGACACUCAAGGAUCUUUCGGUGAUAUAGAGUAUAGAAUGAUAAAUAUUGACACCUCGCAGACAUAUUUCCAAGUUGAUGCCAAGUCGGGUAUCAUUAGUUUGCGGAACAGUGUCGCCAGUGAUACUACAACAGAAUACAGGCUUUUAAUCCAAGCCGCUGACCAAGGCUCCCCACCACAGACUGAUCUGACAGUCAUCGUGAUCACCGUAAACCGAAAUCUUGCCGCUCCUAUGUUCGUUCCUCGUGUGUACAAUGUCACCAUCCUGGAAACUCAGAGUCUGGGAGACACCAUCACCCGGGUGACGGCCACCGACUCUGACAUCGUCUCUCCAAACAACGUGGUCAAAUACGCCUUGCUUGGCACGGCCAAAGCUCUGGAAUACUUCUUCGUGAACAGCGUCACGGGAGAUGUGUCGGUGCGGCGCGGUCUCACCGAGGAUGUGACGUCCAGCAAUAACCGCUACAUGCUGACGGUCGCUGCAGAGGACCAGGGUCUGCCGGCCCCGCUGAGGGCGUUAUGGUCUGCGACGGUGAACGUGUUGGUGGUGAGAAACCAGUUUGAGCCGGUGUUUGAGAACACACCGUACAGAGCGACCGUAUCGUUGGCCACCGAUGUCGGAAGCAGUGUCUUCAGAGUUGUAGCAACAGAUCGGGAUCUUCAGGUCCCGUACAACACUGUGGUCUACAGUGCUAUUGGCGAUGAUUCCGCACCAAGCUUCUUUCAAGUGAACGGUGCCACAGGAGAUGUGUACAUGACACAGUCCAUUGUGUCGGACACUGCUACUAGCUAUAGGCUCCGUGUUGUUGCUAAAGAUGGUGGGAAUCCAGCUAAGAGUGCGUACGAAGUCAUAACACUGACUAUCGACCGCAAUCUGUUUGCUCCACAAUGGAUGCAGCCAAGUGGACCCAACUACAUGACAUCCACAACAGUAUUUGAAAACACUGACUUCAGUACGAUUAUCUUCAAACUCGUAGCCAUUGACAGUGACAACACCUCCCCAUAUAAUCAGGUGGUGUACAGCUUUGUCGGAAACAGCCCAGGACAGGCAUACUUCAUGCUGGAUGCGAACACAGGACAGAUCCGCCUGCGAACCUCUCUGUUGCAGGACAGUGCCCAGCAGUACACCCUCCUGGCGACCGCCUCGGAUUCUACGAAGCCUGCCAGAUCUGCUCCACAAACCGCUACCGUCCAGGUGUCUGUCAUUCGCAAUCUGAACACACCAAACUUUGUGAACCUGCCCUACUCCACUCACAUUGCAGAGAGUUUGUCUCUUGGUGCGUCGGUUUACCAGGCUACUGCAGUGGAUAUUGACCAACAGAAUACCUUUGAACGGGUUCAUUACGAAAUUGUCGGUGAUGACUCAGCUCCUGUUUACUUCCGUAUAAAUCAAGCUUCUGGACAAAUCAGUCUUCGCCGGUCUCUAGUCGGAGUUUCCAAGAACUCGUUCUACGUUCGUGUGCGAGCCUACGACAACGGUUUGCCAACACCGCGAAGUAACACCACGAUGGUGCGAAUCAUGAUCCUCCACAACCUGAACGCGCCUGUGAUCAGCAGUUCGUCCUACCAAGCAACAGUCCCAGCUACAGAGCCUGUCGGGUCGGUCAUUGUUCAAGUGAAAGCAACGGAUGCCGAUAAUGCUUCACCCCACAACGAGAUCCGCUUCUCGUCGAGAGCUGAUUCUAUGGAGGAAGAUUUCUUCUUUGUGAAUUCUGUGACCGGAGAAGUCACUGUGCGGAGGUCACUCACUCUUGACACACAACUCAGUUCUGUGUAUGUGUUAUUUGUUGGAGCCUAUGAUUUGGGAAGUCCCAGUCGACAGGCGGGCCAAGAGAGCAGGAUUAGCAUCACGGUGACGAGGAACCGCUUCAGUCCAGUGUUUGUCGGUGACCCGUACACAGUCACCAUACCAGAGACACAGAGUGUUGGCUCCAGUGUGGCACUCAUUACUGUCACUGAUGCUGAUAAUGUAGCUCCAUUUAAUGCGGUAACACUGCGAACAAUUGGAGACGACUUGGCAGCUAACUAUUUCAGUGUCAACUCAUCUGGAGUCGUCUAUGUGACAGGGAAGCUUGUCUCGGACACAGUGCACUUCUACAGGUUGCGAAUUGAGGCCCAAGAUGGUGGCAUGCCUCCUAAAAGUGCAACAGCGCUGGUGAACAUCAACGUACAGAUCAACUUGUUUGAUCCCGUCUUCUCAUCCAGCUCGUACGUAGGAAACAUCCUUGAAACAACGGAGCUCGGUGUCAGCAUUGUUCAAGUUCUCGCGUCCGACAGAGAUUCAAGGCCAGCACACAGCACCAUCCGUUACAGUAUUAGUAACAACUCUGCCAGCUCUUUCGGUCGUGAAUUCUUCCUCAUUGAUGCAGUGUCUGGGACUGUGUCUCUAAGACAGUCCGUACUGAAGGACCAGAGACAACUGUCGCAGUAUGUUUUUCAAGUAAAUGCAGUUGACACAGGUGUUCCAAAAAGAAUGGCCACCAAUCCCGCCACUGUUACUGUUAAUGUGGUCAGAAACAAGAGCCCGCCGGUUUUUCUAAACCAGCCGUACUCUGUGAGAGUAAAUCGCACCAUUGCAGUGGGCAUCUCACUUUUGACAGUGAGAACUCGAGACCAGGACCAGAGUGGCCCGUACAGUUCAGUUGUAUUUGACAUCAUCGGUGAUGACGUCGCACCAGUUUUUUUCUCCGUUGGUGCAGUCAGUGGUGUUGUCAAACUCAAAGAAACCAUUGUGCUUGACAAAGCCACCUACAGUCUGCGAGUGCGAGCAAUGGACGGUGGUAAACCUCCCUUGUCAGCAACUGCUGUUGUGACAAUUAGAGUGGACACCAAUCUGUUCAGUCCGACGUUUGAUCAGAACUCAUACAGAGUCGCCAUCACAGACCUCACAACGCCAGGAAGUUUCGUGGUACAGGUAGCAGCUCACGAUUUAGAUACAGACGUUUUAACUUAUUCCAUCAUCGGCGAUGACACGGCUUCAAACAUAUUCUCCAUCAACUCUGCAACUGGAGUCAUCACAGCGUCUAAUGCUAUCCGCACUGAUACUAGCUUGUCAUACAGGAUCCGUGUUGAGGUUUCGGACGAUGGUUCUCCGAGGAGGACUGACCUCACCCUGGUCUAUGUGAACAUGACCCGCAACCUGUUCUCACCCGAGUUCCGCCCUGUGACGUACAACACCAUCUUGGAGGAAACACACGCUGUCGGGGAUCCGUUUGCUGCCGUCUUCGCAACGGACAGUGAUGCAGCUGUUCCAAACAAUGUAGUUGAGUAUUUGCUGUCUGGCAGUUUGGAGAUGACGUCCUUGUUUCAAGUUGGCCUUCUCUCCGGUCAGCUGUCCUUGCUGCGUCCACUGUACGCCGACACCAACAAGCCCUCCGCAUACUCGUUCAUGGUUACAGCUCACGACAAGGGCAGCCCAUCUCGCGCUGCCAUCAACACGGCCACUGUGACUGUUGCAGUGAAGAGGAACAUCCACGCCCCGGAAUUCCUAAACACUCCUUAUUCAGCCGUCAUAUUUAGAACUCUGGGAACCAGUGCCAGCAUCAUGCAGAUCACCACAGUCGAUCGAGAUGAGACGAGUCCCUUUAAUGAGGUAUCCCUGGAGGUGAUAGGUGAUGACACGGCUCCGAGUUUGUUCUCCCUAGGCAGUGACAGCAUCGUCCGAGUCACCAACAAUGUGGAUCUCGCUCAAGACACCGCAACAGUCUACAGACUGCGAUUGUUGGCACAUGAUGGAGGAUUUCCUUCGUUGUCCGCGACGACGACCAUUGAAAUAACAGUACGCAGGAAUCUGUUUGCUCCUGUCUUCACCAACGCGGAGGCCAUCCGGGUUGUGAUACUGGAAAACCUGGUCGCAGGAUCCUUCAUAGCAGACGUGAAGGCCACUGAUUCUGAUGCAGACCCACCAAACAAUGUGGUCACGUACGUCAUCACUGGAGCUGCCGAAGCCGGUCGCUAUUUCUUCAUCAACCCUGUGGAUGGACGAGUUUCACUACUUCAGUCAGUUGUCGGCACAGCGGUUAAUGGAUACAGGUUGGUCAUUGAGGCUCGUGAUGGUGGAUUUCCUCGGCUGGUUUCAUCCACCAUUGUUGAAGUGACCGUAAUCCGAGAUACAGACACACUGGUUUUCCCACUCGCCUCCUACGUUAUGACCAUCUCGGAGAACUACAGAGUAGGACAGGCCGUGUUGACUGUCGAUGCUCAGCCAGCGCCUGGAAUUUCAUAUCGUCUGACUGGAUUCAGUGAUGGUCCGGACUAUUUUAAAAUUGACGGCACGUCCGGUGAAAUUACUGUGAAAUCAACCCUUCAUGCUGAUCUGAACAAGAAAACCAUGUAUUAUCUGACUGUGGAAGCCACGAAACUGUUUAAUGUUGGUAUGAAGACGGCCACGACACAAGUAAACAUCACUGUGACCCGCAAUGAAAAUGCUCCGGUGUUUAGCCGUCGGAUCUACCAGGUGACCAUGUCAGAGUCUGCCAGUCUGGGAUCCUCCGUUCAGCAGCUUCUAGCAACUGAUGCUGAUGCACAGGAUGUGUUGGUGUAUUCAUUUCACCCACAAACUGACGUCACCACCAUAUUCUACCUUGGACCAUCAUCCGGCUUAAUAUCUCUGAGAAAACGUCUUCUUGGUGAUAGCACUGAUGUCUACCAGUUCAGUGUAAUUGCCAGUGACAAGUCGAUCCCGGCACGCUCGGCUACUGCCACUGUUAUAGUGGAGAUACAGCGAGAUCGCUUUCUGCUGCAGUUCAUCAACGAACCGUAUGGUGAAGCUGUGUCUCUUCACACCCCACCCGGAACCAUUGUCUACAGUGUACGUGCGACAGACCAGGACCUGAUGGGGGAAGUGAUGUACAAGAUGAUUGGUUAUUUCUCUGCUCCUGGUUACUUCGUCAUGGAUGCAAACACAGGAGAUAUUUCUGUACACAGUUCUCUGUUGACAGAUGUUACAGCUGUAUAUGUUAUUGGAGUCAUAGCUUAUGACAGUGCAUACCCGACCAAUCAUGCAUCAAGCAACGUGACCAUCUCGGUGAACCGCAAUCCAAACAGACCAGUGUUCAAUCCGUCGAGUUACGCUGAGAGAAUCCCCGAGUCUUUCCCACUUGGAACCAGCCUGCUCCGGGUUCAAGCCACUGAUGAUGAUGCUGGGCAAAUUGUUCGCUACGAAAUAGUGUCAUCGACACCACAAGAGGGAACCAACUUCUUCUAUCUGAACUCUGAAACUGGAUUGAUCACCGCUACACGACCUCUAACAGAAACGGCUUCCAAUGGAUUUAUGUUUAUUAUCCACUCAUAUGACAAUGGAUCCCCUAUACGUCAAAGUAACACCAAUGCUCAGGUGACAAUUUCUAUCGACCGCAAUCAGUUCGGACCCCAGUUUGUUGGUGAACCCUAUGAAACGACAAUCAGGGAGACUCUGACCAUUUCCUCCAGUGUGCUGACACUUUCAGCUCGUGACAGCGACCCCGAAACAUCGGCAUUUGCCAACGUCACUUACGUUUUGAUUGGUGAUGACACCAUGCCAUCGUAUUUCAGUCUGAACAAGUGGACGGGCAUGGUGUCUGUCCGAGCUGACUUGGUGGCCGAAACGCGUCCCCAGUAUCAGGGUCGUGUGGUGGCCAGCGACAGUGGACACCCGCCACGCAGUGCGACAGCAAUAGUGAAGAUCAAUGUUAUACGCAAUCUUCACCAUCCGCAAUUCCAACAGUCCAGUUACCAAACCAAUGUCCUGGAGACAGUGGGUGUCGGUGCAUCAGUUCUGUCUGUCCAAGCAUUGGAUAAUGAUAUACGGUCUCCGUUCAACACUGUGCAGUAUGAGAUGGAGAAUGCCAACUCACUUGGUAGCAUGUAUUUCCAUGUGGACAUCUCUACUGGAGUGAUAUCUGUGAGGACUCCUUUGACAGGCGAUCAUCUCAGGUCUAAAGUGUACAAUGGAUAG